AUGUCCAAACUAAAUGUUUAUGAAAAACAAGAUAGUAAUUUAUCAAGGAAUUCAUUCGUUCGAUAAAAUACAACUAAAAAUCUAAACGGAUAGAAAUCUUUAUUUUCAAAAUUAUCCAAUACAUUGUUUAAAGCUUAAGAAGAUGGUAAAUAAUUGUGAAUUUUUAGAAAUAUAAUUUUAAACCAAAGGGUAGGAACAUUGUACGAAAAUUAUUAUGUAUUUGCUUCUUAAUUUUGAUGGAAUGGAAUAAUAUUUGAAAAAAUAAUCAGUUCUUGCUCCUCUUAAUUCAUACUCUCCAAUUACCAAACCAGUUGAUGAUAUACGUUUAAUUAGAACGUAAAAUAUAUAUAUAUGCAAGUGAACUGAUGUAUUAUUUCCAAAUAAUUUCUGUCAGAGAUUUUCAUGACUUUUAUGUUGAUUUUUAUGCUACUUUUGAUAAAAAUAAAAAUUUUUCUUUAGAACCAACAGAAUUUAAGUAAUUAUUGGACAUCGCUGUAAACAAAUGCGUUGGUCCAAAAAAAUUUAAAGUUGUAACAGAUAUUGUCCUUAAUGAUCCUUCAUCAUAUGAUAAUCAGUUAGACGAUAAAAUUAUCAAUGAAAUGAUAGAUUAUUUUAGAGAUUUAGAAAAAGAAUCGAAAAUCGAUUAUUUACUAUUGUUUCCUUUUAUUUUAGCUUUUUUUUUAGAAUUUACUUAUUCAUAAAUAAAAUAUAGGUAAGGAAGAUUAGAUUUGAUGAGGGGCACUGAGGUUAUUAAAGGAAAAGAAGUCGAAAUUAAGAAUAUCACUAGUUUAGUAACAAUUCUUAAAGAGAUGGGCAUAGAUUAUAUAAGAGAUAAAAGAACAACAUGCCUUUCUUAUAGGGAUGUUGAGAAUGUUUUAAUAAAAUUAAAAAACAUAUAAAAAUGGAUAACAUUUGAUAUAAUCAAGUAAAUAAUUAAUCAGCUGGCAAAGUUGAUGGAAGUUGAUCCAAAAACUUAGAAUGAAGGCAGGCCUUUGAAAUUGUAUAAAAUCGUAAACUUUUUAGCUUUAAAAUUAUGCAUUCAUUAGAAUUGCUUGAAUAUUAGUAAACAAGAUAAAAAUAAAUCAAAACCCCCAUCAGUUUAUUUAGAAAUUUUAGUAUUGUGGAACUCAGCCAUGUUUGGACAUAUCAUGAAGGAAGCUACAAUCAAAUAAUAAUUUUCUAAGUUUCUACAUAAGCAUUAUAAAGAUUAAACUUAAUUUUCUAGACCAGAAGCAGUUAAAUUAUUGGAAACAUUCUUUAAAAAAAAAUUUUAAUUAAUGCCAAAAGAUUUAAUAAAAGUGAUUUUAGAGUAACAUUCUGAAAUGUAAAGUAAGAAAAUAAUUACUACUGAAAGCCUGGCUAAUGAAUUAUUCAAUAUGAUGUGCAAAGAUGGUUAUCGAAAAUUAUAAGAAUACAUUAGAAUAAGUUAUGAUGGAGUUAAUAAAUUGAAUGGAGAUAGAAUUAACUAGUAUUAGAGAUAAGGAAAAGAUUUUCAGGAGGAUUCUUAAAUUAAUUCACCUCCAUCAAGCGAGAAACAGUAAUUUGAUGAAAAAUCGAAAAAAUCUUAAGUUUCUAGUAAACAUAAUCAAAAAAUUGAGAGAAAUGAAUCAGAAUCAGAGGAAAGUGAUCGUGAUAGAGAAUUGACAACUAAAAGUAAAAUCAAGAGGAUUGUCAAAGUAAUCAGUUCCGAAUAGGCAUUUGCUUAGAAGGCUGAAUCAAAGAAAGAUGUUCUCAAAGCUUGCUUAAUUAUGGAUAGCUUUUUAAAAAGAUAAAGUCAAAUUCAUUAAAAAAUGUAAUAAAGCAAAUAUAACUAAUUGGAUGAUACACAUAUAGUAACGAAUGAAAAUCAAGAGAUUGAAUAAGAAACUACUAAUAAUUAAAAAAUUGAUGAGGUCUCUUCAGAAAAAAAGAAAAUUGUAAAAUAAAUUAAAUUAGAAGAAUCUAAAAAGCUAACCGAAAUUGAAAUGAUAAUUCCAGAAUAAGAAAAAGAUGCUGAAGAAAAAAAAGAAAAACAAAUAUUUAUUUAAUAAAGACCUCAAAUUGUUAUUAAGGAUAUAAAAAAAAAUUAAUAAUCGUAAUCAAAUGAUCUGUUUACUGUUGCUGGAAAAGAUGGUAAAAACUAUGGACCUUCAAAUUUUAAAAAUGCAUAUUACGCAAAUAUGCCUGUUGUUUAAGAUGCAUCUAAAAUUAUGUUUUUAGCUACAUAAUCGAAAUAAUCUUUAUUUUAAUUAACUGAUGAUGUAUAAUCGUUAAAUAUUUUAGGACUUUAAAGAUGAUGAUGGUAAAUUUUAAGUUGUCAUUGAUGAUGUGCAAUUACAAACAUAAAUUUAAUAUUAGUAGAAUUUAGCCAAAGCUAAGAAGCCUAAAGAUAGAUCCUCCACAUGCUAUUAUUGCUAUAUACAAUGA